AUGGAAAGAAGUGUUUCAGCUCAUAGUAUUUCUAGAAGUAUUUCUAGAAGUAAUUCUCGUGGAAUCAACCGUGUGGACAGUUAUGGUUCUUUCUUUAGAAGAGAUAGUGCUUCUGAUAUUUUCAGAAGAUCUUCUCGUGCUAGAGAAGAUGAUGAUGAAGAAGCUCUGAAAUGGGCUGCAAUACAGAAAUUACCCACAUGGAAUCGUAUGAGAAAAGGAAUAUUACUGGGUGGAGAAGACGGAGUGACAACCAAAGAGAUUGAUAUUGAUUGUCUUGGACCAGAAGAGAGAAAGAUUUUGAUAGAAAGACUAGAAGUUGAGAAUGAUAAGUUCUUUCUAAGACUCCGAAAUCGCAUUACUCGAGUUGGAAUUGAACUUCCAACAAUUGAAGUUCGAUUUGAGCAUUUAAAUGUUGAUACUGAAGCUCAUAUGGGAAGUAGAGCUCUUCCUUCAAUUCCCAACUUCACUCUCAAUAUGAUAGAGGGGUUCUUGAACUAUAUUCAUCUUCUACCAAGUAAAAAGAAGCCAUUAUCGAUCCUUCGCGACGUUAGCGGAGUAAUCAAACCGGGUAGAAUGACAUUGCUUCUAGGUCCCCCAACCUCAGGGAAGACUACUCUUCUUCUAGCUCUAGCAGGAAAGCUUGAUAAAAAUCUAAAAGUUUCAGGGAGAGUAACUUAUAAUGGCCAUGAAAUGGAUGAGUUUGUACCACAGAGGACAUCUGCAUAUAUUAGUCAAAGAGAUCUUCAUAUAGGGGAAAUGACUGUGAGAGAAACAUUGGCUUUCUCUGCAAGAUGUCAAGGGGUUGGAAGUACCUAUGAUCUGUUUUCUGAGUUAUUAAGAAGAGAAAAGGAGGCAAAUAUCAAGCCAGAUCCUGAUAUUGACCUCUUUAUGAAGGCAGCAGCGCUAGGAGGGCAAGAAGCCAGUUUGAUCACAGAUGUAAUUGUAAAGAUUUUGGGCCUUGAGGUUUGUGCUGAUACCUUGGUCGGAGAUGAGAUGCUGAGAGGUAUCUCUGGAGGACAAAGAAAGCGUCUUACAACAGGUGAAAUGCUUGUUGGACCUGCGAGGGCACUUUUCAUGGAUGAGAUAUCGAAUGGUUUGGACAGUUCAACAACUUAUCAAAUAGUGAAGUCAUUGAGGAAUUACAUUCACAUUUUACGUGGGACAGCCUUUGUCUCCCUUCUCCAGCCAGCACCAGAGACUUUUGAUCUCUUUGAUGACAUCUUUCUCCUAUCGGAUGGGCAGAUUGUGUACCAGGGCCCCCGUGAUAAUGUGCUUCAAUUCUUUGAGUACGUGGGAUUCAAAUGCCCUGAGAGGAAAGGAGUUGCUGACUUCUUACAAGAAGUAACAUCAAGAAAAGAUCAGCAACAGUACUGGAUUGAUAAAGAUAAGCCUUACAGAUUUAUUUCUGUCAAGGAAUUUUCAGAAGCAUUCCAGUCAUUCCAUGUUGGCCAGAGACUCGGAGAUGAACUUGCUACCCCAUUCGACAAAACCAAGAGUCACCCCGCAGCUUUAACAACCAACAAGUAUGGUGUUAGCAAGAAGGAGCUAUUGAAAGCUUGUAUAGCAAGAGAAUUGUUGCUUAUGAAGAGGAACUCAUUUGUCUACAUUUUCAAGACAAUGCUACUUAUUAUUGUCGCAUGUGUAUCAAUGACAAUUUUACUCCGUACCAAGAUGCACCGAGAUUCAAUACUUGAUGGUGGUUUAUAUGUGGGUGCUUUGUUCUUCUCUCUCAUGACGAUUAUGUUUAAUGGAUUCUCAGAGGUUGCCUUGACCAUCUUGAAACUUCCUGUGUUUUACAAGCAAAGAGACCUCCGUUUCUUCCCUCCAUGGGCAUAUUCACUACCAACAUGGAUCCUAAAGAUUCCAAUCAGUUUUGUAGAAGUUGCUGUUUGGGUGUUCAUGACGCACUAUGUCAUUGGCUUUGACCCAAAUGUUGAAAGUCUGUUCAAACAGUACCUCCUCCUUCUAUGCGUCAACCAGAUGUCGUCCGGAUUGUUCCGAUUUAUCGCAGCAGCCGGAAGGAAUGAGAUCAUUGCAAACACAUUUGGAUCCUUUAGUUUGCUGAUAGUCCUUGUCAUGGGUGGAUUUCUCUUGUCGCGAGAUGACAUAAGGAAAUGGUGGAUAUGGGGCUACUGGAUCUCUCCUAUUAUGUAUGCUCAAAAUGCAAUUGCUGUCAAUGAGUUCCUUGGGAAAAGUUGGGGACAAGUUCUACCCCAGUCUACAGAGACUCUGGGAGUGGCAGUCAUGAAGUCUAAAGGAUUUUUUACUGAAGCAUAUUGGUAUUGGAUUGGAGUAGGGGCGUUGAUCUGUUAUGUUUUCCUGUUCAACAUUAUUUUCACUGUUGCUCUCUCUUAUCUGAAUCCAUUUAAGAGUUCUCAGACAGUUCUAACUGAAGAAGACGGUCCUACCAAUGAAACUAGAGAACUUACCAACGUAUCAUCGAUGAGAAGGAACCUUGAGGUACAAGCAGAAAGCAGAGAGGGAACUCAGAGUAUAGAAUGUGAGACUUCAUCCAAUCAAAACAAAAAGCGGGGAAUGGUUCUCCCAUUUGAACCUCUUUCAAUCACAUUCGAUGAAAUAAAAUACGCUGUAGGCAUGCCACAGGAAUUGAAAGCACAAGGUGUUACAGAAGACCGGUUGGAGCUUCUCAAGGGAGUGAGUGGAGCUUUUAAGCCCGGAGUCCUUACAGCUUUAAUGGGUGUUAGUGGCGCUGGCAAGACCACUUUGAUGGAUGUGUUGGCAGGAAGAAAAACUGGUGGAUAUAUUGACGGAAGGAUAACCAUAUCAGGUUACCCAAAGAAGCAGGAGACAUUUGCUCGUAUAGCAGGAUAUUGUGAGCAAAAUGACAUCCAUUCCCCCAAUGUCACAGUAUAUGAAUCUCUGCUCUUUUCUGCCUGGCUUCGGUUACCUCCAGAAGUUGCUGAUGCUAGUAGAAAGAUGUUCAUAGAUGAGGUCAUGGUGCUUGUGGAACUGACCCCUCUAAGAGAUUCAUUAGUUGGACUACCGGGUGUCAGUGGUUUAUCAACAGAGCAGCGGAAGAGGCUCACCAUCGCAGUUGAGCUUGUUGCAAACCCUUCCAUAAUAUUCAUGGAUGAGCCAACCACUGGGCUGGAUGCAAGGGCAGCAGCAAUAGUGAUGAGAACAGUGAGGAACACUGUCGACACUGGACGAACUGUCGUGUGCACCAUCCACCAGCCAGGCAUUGAUAUAUUUGAGGCUUUUGAUGAGCUAUUCUUAUUGAAGCAAGGAGGAGAGGAAAUAUAUGUCGGUCCAUUGGGGCGGUAUUCUUCUCAUUUAAUAGCAUAUUUUGAGGCAAUCAAUGGAAUAAGUAAAAUAAAAGAUGGUCAAAAUCCAGCAACAUGGAUGUUGGAGGUUACGAUGAUGGCCCAGGAAACAACUCUUGGAGUAGACUUUGCAGUUCUCUAUAAGAACUCGGAACUUUACAGGAAGAACAAAGCAAUGAUCGAGGAACUAAGCAAACCUAGCCCUGGUUCACAAGAACUCCAUUUCUCUACCCAAUACUCUCAAUCUUUCAUCAACCAAUGCCUCACUUGCCUUUUGAAACAGCAGUGGUCCUACUGGCGUAACCCAUCGUACACUGCAGUGAGGUUUCUCUUCACAACCUUCACAGCCCUCAUGUUUGGGACAAUCUUUUGGAAUCUCGGAUCCAAAAGCCAGAAGCAACAAGAUAUAAUGAAUGCAAUGGGUUCUAUUUAUGCUGCUGUUAUCUUUCUUGGGAUACAGAAUGCAUCUGCUGUGCAACCAGUUGUGGAUGUUGAAAGAACAGUUUUUUAUAGAGAAAGGGCUGCGGGAAUGUAUUCAGCUAUGCCAUAUGCUUUUGCCCAGGUCUUCAUUGAGCUUCCUUAUGUCUUUAUACAAACUAUAGUAUAUGCUCUUAUAGUGUAUGCGAUGAUUGGGUUACAUUGGGAGGUUGCAAAGUUCUUCUGGUAUAUCUUCUUCAUAUACUUUACACUGUUAUACUUUACCUUAUUUGGUAUGGUGACAGUGGCCUUGACACCCAACCGUAACAUUGCUGCUGUAAUUUCUGCGGCAUUCUAUGCAAUGUGGAACCUCUUCUCCGGAUUCAUAAUUCCAAAAUCAAAAAUUCCAGUGUGGUGGGUUUGGUGUUACUGGAUGACCCCUGUUGCUUGGACAAUGUAUGGAUUGGUUGCGUCUCAAUUUGGAGAUAUACAGGAAAGGUUGGAAACAGGGGAGACAGUAGAAGAAUUUGUGAAGAACUAUUUUGGCUAUGAACACAGUUUCCUUGGAGUUGUUGCUGCUGUGGUUGUUGGGUUCACCAUAAUAUUUGUUUUCGUCUUUGCUGUCUCAAUAAGGUUGUUAAAUUUCCAGAAAAGGUAAUUAAGAAGAUCUC